GUACGCUACUGUCACUCGGUCGGCCAACAACACGGCGCGCUUGCUCCGCUCAGGUCCGCUCCACCGCCUCGAUCCCGAGCCCGAUCUCGAUCUCCAAAUCGAUCUUCAACUCGAUCGCUAUACCGCCCAACCGCCAAACCGCCAAACCGCCAAACCGCCAUAUCGCCAUACCGCUCGUCGAACCGUCCGCUGCAGCUGUCAUUCGAAAGCGCGUCGCUCGGCGGCUUCAGACAAAAACCAAACCAGUUACAAGCACUUAACUGCCCUUGCGGAAACAAUUGCAUUGUAAACAGCCAGCAAAAAGCGAAGGGACGCGGGCGAAAUGCAUCCAAUGUGGAAUCGCAACUGGAGCUGGACUCUUUUGAUUUUCUCGGCCCUGCUGCUACUCCUCUCGGCGGAUGUGGCCAAUUCGGAGGAAUGCGGCCAGGAGGAGUUAACCAAGUGCUCCCAACCACUUGAUAUGCUGCAGUUAACGGACUUCUCGAUUGGCCCGGCCAAGAAGGAGGAACUGGAAAAACUUUGUCAUGAGCUGCGCAAGGGAGUGAGGUGCAUCCAGAGCUACACACGCCGUUGCAUGGAUCUGCAGCAGAGGAAUCAGUUCAACAAGCUCUACCACGGCACCAUUCAGUUCAUCAGGGAUCUGUGCAACAAGGGCACCUUCCAGGACGAGUACCUGAAGCACAUUCCCUGCUCCAAAAUGGCCAAGAAGGAGUUCGAGGUGUGCUCCAAUCGCUACCGCGAGACCUUGGUGUUCCUCAAGCCCAACAAGAAUCCGCAAAACUCCGAGAACGGCACCCUGAAUGAGAACAUUAAGACCAUUUGCUGCUCCAUCAACGAAUAUGUGGAUUGCUCGGAGGAUGCUGCACGUAAGAUCUGCAGCGCCGAGGCGGCAAAGUUCACUCGCCAGCUGGUGGAGAAGGCUGUUGGUAGCCUGACCACGACCUACUGCGAGGACUUCACCCGGAAUCCGAGCAUGUGCAGGGACGGCGAUGGCAAUGGCUCCACUCGGUCAGCUGUGAGCAGUUUGGGCCUCCUUCUCACAGGGACAUUGCUCACUUUGCUGGUCAGCAGAGGCAACAGAUAGAUGGCAGAACCACAGCUAAGUGCACAAAUCUACAACCAGUCUUACCAGAACGAAAUUUCGCGAAGAGGAGAGGCGCAGAGAAGGAUAAAUAGUUAAGGUUUCCCCCUAUCACACCGAAAGAAUUCCACACGCUGUUGCAUACUUCUGGCAGUCAGUUUAGGCCACAGGAUCCCCAAAUAGAAGGAUAGCAGGUCGAAGGAGUAAGCUAUGCAGUAAAGUAAAGUACACGUUAAGUAUGUUAUGUAUACCAGUAUGCAUAUGUAUAUCUAUAGGGAAUAUGAGAGCAGUUAGUCAGUUUCAGGCAUGGCUGAGAUCGUAUAUAUAUGCGGAUAUGUGUGUUACUAUAUAGUAAUAUAGUGGAUAUAGGCUAGCUAGUUAGAAUCAGUGUUGAGUGUGGCAGGCAGGUUAGUUGUUUGUUGGCCUUACUUUCCAGUCGUCGUCGUCGUCGAUCGUGCAAUACAAGAGUUUCGUUGAGUUUGUUGAAGUUGAAGUCCAGGCUUUAAGUGUAGGCAUAUUUUAGAGAAUACCCCUAAGUUUUAAAAUUCGUUGUUAGCUGAAUUUAGAGCGCGCCCCACCCACCUCCGUUUUCCGUAACACCAGGUAAUAUUAGAUGAUCUUCUAGAAGCGCCUAUGUACCUCUCAAUCGCAGUGUAUUUGCAAAAGUCACACAGCACUAAGCGCACAAGAAAAUUACCCGAGUGGAUUGGCUCACAUAUCGGCAAUAACUUUAGAUUAAAUAAAAGUGCAUUUCUAUGAA